AGCGUAGGCACAGCCCUCAGACACUCAAGAGACCGUAACUCUGGAAACAGCAACAGUCAAAACUCAAACAAAACUGAGCUGCAAUACUAACACUGCAGCUAAGGUGCAUGAUUCAUUGACCAUGCUUGAUUAAUUAUUACAUUUUUGACAUUUCUGAAAUGUUGCUUUCUCAUGAAUAAGGAAACAUGUGGCGUCAUCCCUCAGAGGACUUCAGCUUGUCCAACAUUAGAUAUUUUUCCAGACACAAAGGAGAGGUGAACUGCUGCACAUUCUCACCUGAUUGUCAGAUUCUGCUCACAUGCUGUGAUGAUGGCAGACUGUACCUGUGGAACGCCACCAGUGCAAAACACCUGGCCACGGUCAGUGGACACUCAGGUCCAGUGAAAUCGUGUGUUUUCUCCACGGAUGGUCAGCUGUUUGCGAGCGCGUCUCAUGACUGUACCGUCAGAAUCUGGUGCAGCUUCAGCACAAAAUGCACACACAUACUGACAGCUCACACGCGGAGUGUGGAGACGGUGAGCUUCAGUCCGGACGGUCAGUGGCUGCUGUCGGGUGGAUGGGACAACAGGGCGCUGCUCUGGAGAGUUCAGUGUGGUGAGAUGGUCGAGGAGUUGCGGGGUCACACUGCAGCUGUCCAAAGCAGCGCCUUCUCAUCAGACUCGCAGUGUGUGGCCACGGGCUCCUGGGAUCGGACCGUGAGAGUGUGGAAACUUCAUGAUGAAAAGGAGGUUGUGGUAUUACAGGGGCACCUGGGAAAUGUGGCCUGUCUCUGUUUCUCUAUCACUGGGAUGCUGGCCUCAGGCUCAUGGGACGGCACAGUGCGCGUGUGGUUGCCGAUGCGUCAUGCGUGUCUGUUUGUUUUGGGAGGCUGUGAGCGCGUGUGGGUCAGGAGUCUGGCCUUCUCCAUAGACGGACGGGUUUUAGCAUCCGCCGCUGAAGGCGACAUGGUGAGGAUCUGGGAUACGACCACUGGAGCAUGUCUGAAGAGGCUGCAGGGUCAUAAGGACUCAGCAUUUGGCUGUGUGUUCAGUCCCGGCGGGGAGCUACUUGUCAGCGGCUCUGAGCAGCUGGAUGAAGAAAGGGAUGAAGAAAACAGCACAGAGGAGAAACAGGACAAUAUAGAUGACAGCUAUACCAUCUUAGAUAUUACAUAAGAGCAUGUGCAGCCAUUUUGUAACGUUAAUGAGCAAGGCUUCUGGUUCAUUAGCUAUAACCUAUUUAAUUAUGCAAAAAUAAGCUAUUUGCUGUGAAUGAGUGAGACUUUCAACUCAUUAGCUGGUGUAGGUAAAUAUUUAGAAGAAUAGUAGAGUGCGGUAAACAGUACAACUCUGUGCUCUACAAACCAAAGUGUUUAUGAUUACGAUAAUAAAUUUAAAAUAACUAAUACAGUUUACACCAUCAAGCAACAUAACGGACUGUUUUGUACACAAUUUAAGUGAUGCUUGAUCAUGCAUGCCAUUCCUAAAAUAUAAAGGCAUAUAUUAAAUAUUUUAUAUAUACACUAUUAUUUAUUUUUAUAUAAAAAGACCUAUAAAGGCCUACUGUGUAAAAAAAUAGUGAUAUCAAGAAAAUAUGUUGUAAAUACAUUUAAAAUUUAUUUUAUCAUGUUUAAGUUCAACAGCCAGAGCAAAAAUAAAUAUUAUGUGGAAAAUACUUAAAUAUUAUAUUUUUAUUCUAUAUAUUGUUCUAUAUAUUUUAGAUUUUAUUAAAUAUUUUAUUUCUAUUAAAAAGAAAUGAUCUAUAAACCCAGAUUUGUAAAAUAAAUAAAUAAAAGAACUGAAUCAUCUCAUGUUUUCUGUCAUAAUAAAAUAAAGCAUAUCACAAGCCCAUUUUUCUGCAAUCAAAAUCACUUAAACGCACAUCACAAUUAUGAUUUUCAAAGUAAAAACUUUUGAGGAUCUGAAAAAAAUAAGUUGUAUGCAUGCUUUUACAGUUAUAAAUAACCUAGACAAACCCUUUAAAAGUUUAACCAAGUUAUUCCAAAUUUAGUUUGAGAUAUUUUUAAUGGAUCUUAAAUGUCUUGAGUUUUAUUCUACUUUUUAAUAACUCACAUUUAAUGUUUUACAUAGCUGUAACUAAAAAGAUACCAAGCUUAAAGGAUUAGUCCACUUUCAAAUAAAAAUUCCCUGAUAAUUUACUCACCCCCAUGUCAUCUUACGGAACGAACGCGGCGCCAGUUCCGUUUUUUCCGUAAGUUGAAUAGGGAAGGCAAAGGACAUUUAGCGUAAGCUUUUUGAAGAAUACGGAAUCGCGUUCUGGUGGAAGCACUUGUGAUGCGAUCAUUUGUGCCUAUAAAGCAUAUACAUUUUGUUUUUGUUUUUUUAGAAAAUGACCGAUCGUUUCGGUAGAUAAGACACUUAUUCCUCGUCUGGUAUCAUUUAAAGCCCUUUGAAGCUGCACUGAAACUAUAAUUUUGACCUUCAACCGUUUGGAGACCAUUGAAGUCCACUAUAAGGAGAAUAAUCCUGGAAUGUUUUCAUUAAAAACCGUAAUUUCUUUUCGACUGAAGAAAGAAGGACAUGGACAUCUUGGAUGACAUGGGGGUGAGUAAAUUAUCAGGAAAUCUUUAUUUGAAAGUGAACUAUUCCUUUAAAUUCAAGUACAUUUAAUGGAAAAACCACUUCAACCAUCUCAGUUCCAACUAAUGUAUAAAACAGAUAAGAGUGACUGUUUGUGAUAUAGCCUAUCAAAUAGCACAUAGCUUAUACCUAUACAUGAGUGUGAGAACAUGAAACCAAAAUAUUCCUUAUCUAGAUCAGUGGUUCUCAGCUGGUUUGGCCAUUUUGGUCACCCACAUCUUCCCAUGGUCAUGAAGCUGCAACUGAAAAUUUUGAUAAUGCAAAAGGGUGUCAAAACUACCCCUAUAUCUAUUUUCAUCUAUUCUUUUUUUGACAUUUGACCUGUCUAUGACAUAAUGGAUAAAUCCAUUUGACCUUUUCUUAUUAGACCAAAACAUAAGUUUGAGUAGGAUGUAAGGUUUCCUAUGCUUAUGGUAUAAAAUGGACUGAGUCUUUGAUAGUUUAGCUUUUCUUUUGCUCUUCUGCUUCUUCUCUUCCAUCUCUCAUUUCAUUCUGCAAAUGUUUUAAUUUUGUUCCUUCUUUCUGUAUAUUCUUCAUCUAUUAGAUACAACACUCUGGAUUUUACAAUACUCUAGAUUUUAUUAUUAACCAUUAAUUACCUAAUUAAUUUGUUUGUCUCUAUAAUUUUUAAUUAAUAAAUUUGUUAUUCCUUAUUCAAAUUUGAUCUCUGACAUAAUCAUUGCUGGACUGCCUGGAUCUCAUUUUCUCAAGUUUUUGCAUCAAUUUCUUCCUUUUUUUUUUUGCAGACACACAAGUAGACUACCAUCCCACUUUAUUUAAAGCUGCAGUCCAUAACUCUGUGUUCAAAAUUUAUAUAAUGAGCCAGUACAUCAUGAAUCCAUUUUCCAAACCCAUCUAUAAUAAGUAUUUAUAUUUGGACUAUUUUAGACCGCCCCCCUAUACCCUCAUUCACUAUUACCUAGGCUACAUUACUCCACUGAGUGUGCCGGAAAGGGCUGCUGCUUGUGCUUGCUGUUUAAUUAUCAUUUGAAAAGUAACCUACUGAAAAGAUUUAUCUUGAACUUUGCCAUGGAAACUAGCAUGUAUAAAAUGUAAUUAAAAAAUGUAAUAAUCAAUUAAAAAGGAAUGUAUACCUGUAUGAUAUUAGGCUGUAUCCACAUUGGACCAGCGGUUUUGAAAAGCUGUGGGCGCCAUCUUCAGGUCAGACAUGACAAUUCAUUCAACGCACAACUCUCACAGUGCAUUAUGGGUAUUCUCUAGCCGUUGAGCAUUUCAGUUGUACACUCAUUAUGGUGCAUUGUGAGUGCACUCAACGUCCACUAUAGUUUCGGACACCACUACAAAUGGCUGUUCCCUCAAAAAGUGCCCUAUUUAAUGAUACAGCCAGAAAGUAGCUCCAGCUACAAUAUUCUUCUGCAAAACGCAUGCAGUUUGUUUAUUAACCACUAGAGCGCCAAAAGUUACAAAUAUUGUAAGAAUAUCACUAACACUGAUGAAUAAACAGUACAAGUUAAUGCUAUUAAAAAGCAGUUUCAAACUAGCCGUUAAAACGAAUUUAGUAAGUUGUAUGAGCCACCAGUCAUCAAAAAAAAAAAAAAAAAAAAAAAAAGUUUUUUUGGGUUAAGGCUAUGGAAACUAACAAUACUAACCUGAUCUGUUAAUAACAUAUGGACACUGAU